UAUGUAAAUAAAGAAAAAAGUAAGGCGCAACCGUCAAAACGGUGACGUUAAGCUCCCCCGCGCAUAUAAAAAGCCGAGUUUGAAAAAUCGUUACUCGUUGAGAGGCGCGCUUUAACAGAUUAAAGCAUCGACAAAGAGAAAGCUUCUUGGAGAGGGAGAGAGAGAGAGAUCAAGAACGAUUCAGUUUGUUGAUCGAUAGGGUUUGGGAUGGCGAGGAGAGUGGAGAAUCAGGGAAGGAACAGGUUCAGUGACUUCUUCCUAUGUUCGCUCCCAGUGGCAAUCACCAUGGCGUUUCUCUACGUUCUCGUUACCUCCUUCAUCUUCGGCUUCUACACUCCUGACGUCCCUUCAUCCUUUGAUAAAGAGAGUAACUUGAUCGGCAAGGAUCUUGGCUGGAGAGAAAAGGCAGCUCUUGAAUCGUUUCCAUCUCUUUUCUCUAAAGAGAUGCUUGAUGCUCUCAAUGGUACUACAUCUGAUUCGAAUCCUCUGAGCAUCGAAGCAAUCAGGAAGAAAGAACCUUCUUUGUCAUGGAGAGUAGAGGAGGAAGUUGAGAGUCAUGCUUCUUCUGAGGAUGAAAUGGUUAAUAACUUCGGUCACGAGACCUGGACAAAAGAAGGAGGAGGCCAAGUGUUGAACGAUACACCAGAGAAGUUAUAUCAAAGGAGGAUGAGACAGGAAAGAAGAGAGAAACGUGGAAAAGAGCUGAUGAAUAAAGAGAAUCUGCCAGCGCUUGAGAAGGCAGCAAUCCAACGUUCCAUGUCCAUCGAUUCAGUAGCAAUAGGGAACUACAGCAUCUGGAGAAACGAUUACCGCAAGGGCAAGAACUUUGAAGACCUGUUACGUCUGAGGCAAGAUCAAAUCAUCAUGGUGCGAGUUUACACUAGCCUUGCUAAAAUGUCUAACAACCUCGCCUUGCACAAAGAACUAGAAACACAUCUAGCUAAGAUAGAGGAAGAAGAAGAAUCAACCAAUAUUGAUCAAGAACAGAGAGUUCUUGAUACCAUCAGAGACAUGGGACAGCUUUUAGCCAGAGCGAAGAAGCAUCUAUAUAAUUGCAACUUGGUGACGAAUAAGCUGAGAGCAAUGCUACAAACAGCUGAAGAAGAACUCGUCUCAACGCAAACUCACGUCACUUUCUUGAAUCAGCUUGCUUCCAAAUCAGUACCAGACGCUAUCCACUGCUUGACAAUGACCUUGAACCUAGAGUACUCUCUCCUCCCUGCUCCCAUGAGACACUUCCAAAGAACAGAGAACUUGGAGAAUCCUGAUCUCCACCACUACGCUCUCUUCUCUGAUAACGUAUUAGCCGCAUCGGUAGUCGUCAACUCAACAGUCACCAACGCAGAGGAUCCUUCGCUCCAUGUGUUCCACCUAGUGACUGAUAAGCUCAACUUCGGAGCGAUGAGUAUGUGGUUUCUGCUAAACCCUCCAGGAGAAGCGACCAUACAAGUCCAACGGUUCGAGGAUUUCUCCUGGCUCAACUCGUCUUACUCGCCGGUACUGAGACAGCUCGAGUCAGAGGGCAUGAAGAAGUUUUACUUCAAGACAGAGAGGUCAGAGUCAGCCGAGUCAGGAGCAGAGAAUCUCAAGUACCGGUACCCUAAGUACCUCUCCAUGCUCAACCACCUGAGGUUCUACAUCCCCAAGAUCUUCCCGAAGCUGGAUAAGAUCCUGUUUCUCGACGACGACGUGGUUGUUCAGAAGGACUUGGCUCCCUUGUGGGAGGUUGAUUUGAAAGGGAAAGUGAACGGUGCGGUGGAGACGUGCGGCGCAAGUUUCCAUCGGUUGAAGAGUUAUUUGAAUUUCAGCGAUAGGCGAGUUUCGGAGAGAUUUGAUCGGGAGUACUGCGGGUGGGCUUAUGGGAUGAACAUCUUUGAUCUUAAAGAGUGGAGGAAGCACAACAUUACAGAGACUUAUCACUUUUGGCAGAACCUGAAUGAGAACAGGACGCUGUGGAAACUUGGGACAUUGCCGCCAGGGCUCAUAACGUUCUAUGAUCUGACUCAACCGCUUCAGAAGAAAUGGCACUUGCUUGGAUUGGGUUAUAACAGAGAGAUCGAUGCUAAGAAGAUUGAGAGAUCAGCUGUUAUACAUUUCAAUGGACACUCGAAGCCAUGGACAGAGCUGGGGAUAAGCAAGUAUCAGCCGUAUUGGAUGAAGUACAUCGAUUUGGAUCAUCCUUACAUCUCUAGUUGCAGGCUGUUCGAGUAAAGAAGAAGAGAAGAGGAUCUCGUUAGGUACAUAAAUAAACACAUACAUGGGAAUGAUUUUCUGCAACUAUAAAAAAUGUAAAUAGUAUGAAUACUCCAUAUGAGUUGUUUGUUGCCUUUUACUUAAGCUUGUCCCCUUCUAACACACUUCCAUUUUAGAGUUAUCACAGCAUUUAUUUUCUCGAAGAACAACAUAAGAAACUGAAUAACUUACUGAAUGAAAAACUCUUAAAAAAAUCUUUGAGAGAUACAACACACAGAGGUUCUUGAAAUCACCACACUUUGGCUUCAAUUGGUAACAACUUUUUGAUGAAUUUGUUGUUCCUCAAAAAGUGAUACCAAUCCAGUUGAAAUUUUAAUCAAAUUUUCAACAAAUGGGUCCCAUUAUAUUCCUCUAUUUUCCUCAUCUACGGAG